CCAAUACCUUAACCAUACCUGGCGCAGGGAUGGAAACUCAUCAUGCGCUACUUGGAGAGCUAGGUGACGUUGUCAGAGGAGUGCUUAAGAACGGAACGAAAACUCAGAACCAGUGCAACCGGCAAAGUCACCAAUAGCACGGGAACACACAGACACAACUAGCUCUCCAGAUCUCCCCAAGUGUGUCAGGCUAGCUUGCCUUGCAUUCAACGGUACCAUAGUCAAGUCAUAUACUGAGACAACGAUACAAGUAAUAUUUGAUUAUCAUCGAUUGAGCACAUAGAAAAGUGAACAGGGACACAAAGUUGUGUGGAAAAAGACUUUUACCAUGAGUAUGAAGACCCACGCCAUGUUUUGGGCUUGUGCCAUCGUGAUUUUGGGUGCCCGCGAUGCGCUGGGUAUCAAUUGUCCGGGAUGCACUCCCUUGGAUACCCUGACUUUUGACAAGAUGAUCAACAGUUUCCGCGUUUCUAUUGUCAAAUUUGACGUGGCUUACCCUUAUGGCGAUAAACAUGACGAGUUUGCCAAAGUGGCCGUUGAAGGAGCUCCAAUUCCAGAGCUCUUUGUCGGUGAAGUUGGCAUCAAGGAUUAUGGAGACAAGGAUAAUGAAGAAUUGGGCAAGAGAUACAACAUUGUCAAAGACGAUUAUCCGGUGAUGAUGAUCUUCGUAAAGAACGACAAAUCCGGCGAAGUUGAGGCCUCAAAGUUUGCUGGUGACUUCAAAAGCGCCAAUCUGAAAAAUUUUCUGCGUCAAAAGUCUGGUAUAUAUCUUCCAUUACCCGGGUGCUUGGAAGAAUUUGAUAAUUUAGCCGACCAAUUCAUGUCGACAGAGGAUCUGUCGACCAAGCAACAGACUUACAAGAAUGCCGAUGCCAAGGCUCAAAGGAUCUCUGACGAAAAGCAACAGAAAAGAGCGGAGACAUACGUGAAGUAUAUGAAGAAGAUCCUCAGCGACGGGGACGAAUUCUUAUCCAAAGAAUCUGCUCGCAUCAAGAAGUUGUUGAGCGGGAAAAUUACGGACACCAAGAUGAAGGAAUUGGAAGAGAAGACCAAUGUGUUGCGAUCAUUUGCACGGGAACAGUCUAAGACAAAAGAUGAGCUCUAAUCCUGUAGUUGUUAUUCUUUCUACCUUGUCAUUGCUUUCUUUCUCCGACACCAUUUUGUGGCCUUUAUGCACGUCUUUAUAUAAAGGUUGAGGCCAAUACCUCAAAACCUAAAUAAAUCUUCGACCCUUU